AGCACACUCAGCAUUCCCAACCAUCAGUUCAGCCAUGGCAGCUUCAAACGCUGAUGCGCAAGCCUCGGGCUUGGCAGAUGGUCAGGAUCCGACGCACACCUACAUCCCCAACCAGGGUUAUGUGAACCCAGACGGCUCCCUCCCCACCAUGGCGGGGCAAGACUCUGCGGCGCAGGAAGACCAGGAGGAGGACGAUGACUACUACGAUGAUAUCUUCGAGGAAGAACUCGACGAGGAGGAUUUCAACUCAUCCAAUCCCGCCGAUCUCACCAAAUCCUACAACCGCCAGCGCAAAACGAACGAGCUGGCUGCCGACCCCAGUGCUCCCAAAUGGACGUACCCGAAGACCAACACACAGAAACCGGUGGUGAACACCCGCGCCUCGGUGGACGAUCAGGUCAAGUCUUUGACGAAGCAUGCGAACAAGAUCAAACUCGACGAUAUGCAAUCCGGCCUCGCGACCCGAGGUGAUCGCGGUGGUGACAGGGCCGACCGCGCCACCUCCGAGCAGGUGCUGGAUCCCCGCACCCGUAUGAUCCUGCUUCAGAUGAUCAACCGCGAGAUUGUCUCCGAGAUCCACGGAUGUCUGUCGACGGGUAAAGAGGCCAACGUCUACUACUCCAUCUCCUACCCUGAGAACGAGGACACCCCUCUGCACCGCGCCAUCAAGGUCUACAAGACGAGUAUUCUGGUCUUCAAGGACCGCGACAAAUAUGUGACGGGUGAAUUCCGUUUCAGACAAGGUUACAGCAAGAGCAACAACCGCGCGAUGGUCAAGCUGUGGGCUGAGAAGGAAAUGCGUAACUUGCGCCGAAUCUACGCGGCCGGCAUCCCGUGUCCCGAACCCAUCCACCUGCGUCUCCAUGUCCUGGUGAUGGGCUUCGUGGGAAAUUCGAAGGGUAUUGCCGCUCCCCGUCUCAAGGACGUCGAAUUCAACGUCCCGGAGCCGGAGGCCAAAUGGCGCGAGAUCUACUUGGAACUGCUCGGGUACAUGCGCGUGAUGUACCAAACCUGCCACCUGGUCCACGCCGAUCUGAGCGAGUACAACAUGCUUUACCACAAGAACAAGCUCCACAUCAUCGAUGUCAGUCAGAGUGUGGAGCACGACCACCCCCGCAGUUUGGAGUUCCUGCGUAUGGACAUCAAGAACAUCAGCGACUUCUUCCGCCGCAAGAAUGUCGACGUCCUUUCCGAACGUGCUGUUUUCGAAUUCAUCAUUUCCGCCGACGGCCCGACCACCGUCACCCCGGCCGAGCCGAUGCUCGAGGCCGUCGAGCACCUCUUCGCCACGCGCGCCGAGAAGGCCGAAGGCGAGCAACAGGGCGAGGACGACGUCGAUGCUGCUGUGUUCCGUCAACAAUACAUUCCCCAAACCCUGGAGCAGGUGUACGAUGUCGAGCGUGACGCCGAGCAAGUCCGCGCCGGCAAGGGCGCUGACCUCGUUUACCAGAACCUUCUCGCAGGCGGGAAGCCUUCUACCCACACCGACGACGAGGAGGCCGGCUCCGACAUCAGCGGCGGCGUGUCCGUGGAAGGCUCCGACUCGGAAGAGCAAGGCGAGCAGGACCCCUUCGCGAAGAAGGCCCCCCGGGGUAAGCGUUUCGAAGACAAGGACGAGAAGCGCGACCACAAGCAAAAGGUCAAGGAAGAGAAGCGGGAGAAGCGCGCCAACAAGAUGCCCAAACACAUGAAGAAACGCCUGGUUUCUUCUUCCGCGAGGAAGAAGAAAUGAUCCAUCCAUUGAUCAUACUUGAUACCUAUUCUCUUUCGCUUUGAAGAUCUUGGAUGUUUUGGGCUUGGGAAACAAUAAAAGUUGGUUCGGAUGCGCACGAUCUCAUGAUGUUUUAUGACUGGGUUGCCUACUUGAUUGGUUAUGGUUGGAUGCAUAUAUAUCGAUUCUAUGAGCAUAUAGACCUGCAUAUGGAGUGGUGAAUCUGAGAUACAUAGGUCUUUUUUCCUUCCUCUUUUAAAUGUUGUGGUGGCCAAAGACCAUCUCUAUACCAAUAUUUUCAGGCAGUUCAGUAAGGGCACCAAAGCAAGUUCUCCCUCUUUGCCAUCCACACCCCUG